CCUUUCGCUGUCUUUUUUCCCCACUUAACCGCUCGGCAUCCCCCCGAUGCGAAACCUGCGGCUGACCUCCGGCUCACGUCGCGCCGCGCGGGGAGAUCGGGGCUGGUGCACUCAUCCGGACGGGGAGGUUGCUGUCCGGGAAUCAACGUGUCGUUCUCUGCUCUCUCUCGAUUGGUCGGUACCCGCACCUUUCCUUUUUCCCGCUCCCUACGAUGCCGCUAGGAGGGAAUCGGUUCUUGACUGAGGGUGACACGAAACCAAUCUAGGGGGAGCAUGACAGCUAACACCGUGUGAUCUUUAUUUUCUAAUACUCGGGUGAAAAAGAUCGCUCCAACUUUAGGUGCUAGUUAAGCUUCUAGUGGUCGGUUCUAUCGUCUACGCAUCAUGCAUGGAUGAUCUGGAUAGGAGUAGCUUGCGUGUACAGCUUCGAAAUCUGGAGGUGUGACUUCCAGUAAGAGUGGGCUACUGAGCUGCAAAAGAUCAUACUGUGUUUGCUUACUAUCUAACGUGCAUCUCAAAAGCUCACUGAAUGUUUGGUUAUCGUUUUUGUGGUUAUAACCCUCACCCCAAAACUUACCUCUGAAUGCACUUGAGCCAACAGAAGAGGACAUUUUCUGAUUUGUGAGUAAAUUUUGAAAGGAGACAAUUGGCUAAGUUGGUGCCUUCUAGGUGAGAACAGAAGGCUUACUAACGUGCCAAAAAGCAAUCAAGCAUACACAUCAUACAGAACUUAGAAAGCAUCUAGGCUCCUUUUUGGAGCACUGUGGAUGAUAAAUCCAUAAGGACGCUUUUGAAGGUACUGUGCACAUCCAGUUCAUGUCGUGCUAUGCAUAUGCUACUUUUGGAUUGUGGAAAGUGAGUUCGCCAUGCUAUAAAGGAAUUGCUGAGUACCGACAACGUGGGCAUGCACACGCCGUAGAACACAGAUACCUUGAUAUGUGGAAAUUGGACGUUAUAGCUUGAGAAGUGUUUACUAGGAAAGAUGAGCUUAAAAAAAGGGUUCAAAUUAGCAAUCUUUGUUUUGUUCAACUGAAUUUGGUGUAUAUCAUCUUGAUUUACAUGAUAACAUACAAAACUAAAUUUUUUUUUGGUAUUUACUGGAGGAACCAUGUCUACUAUCCUUUUUCCAUACAGAAGAACAAUGAAUGAAAAAUUGAUUUGCAGCAGAAGGAAAAAUGUUGCCUUAAGAAUGAUCACCGUGGAAAGAGACACCAGCAUAAGGAUGAAAAGUACGAUUGCACCCUGGGAUCUUUGUGAAAAAUGAAGCACCAUUCGGGGAAGGUAGUGACUGAAUAGCUUGCAUGGUGACAAUGUUUGCAGUUUAUUCAUCUGUGGCGAUGGCAAUGACCCGUCCAGAAUUUUCCUUUCACCGAUAUCCAUUUCCUGUAUGGGCUUUCUGUUUGUUUCGAAUUUCUGAUCCAUGCCAUAUUCCUCUUAUCAAGUUGUGAUGUUGACUGGGGAUGAAGAGCAAUCAUCGGAUCAAUCAUUGAAUGAAUCUCUUUUACUCCUUUUGCAAAAGGCUGUUGGUUCUGCCACGUGGUCCAAUGCUCCGAGAGAACAUUGGCUUGUGACAAUUGGAUCAAGCUGUUGAGGUCUGUUUCUUUGUCCUGCUUUUCUUUAGCUGAGGCCCAAAGUAAGCAUCUUGAGCCUAUUCUAAUUCGCCAUCGUUCUCCCAGAUUUUAUCACCGCAUUAUGUUUGAACUUUGAGGGGCACAAAAAGAUAUCUUUUUCCAUCUUUCCCAGUUGUCUGAUUACACACUAUGCGGCGAUUUGUCACUAAAGAAUUUCUUGUGUAAUCUUAGGCUGCUUUCUUUAAAAGCACACAGUAGUAUUCUCUUGUCCACAAAACAGCUAAGAGGUAACAGUAUAAGGUAAAUAUACUGAUGUGAAGUAAUGUGACUUAGCUAAGAGGUAGCAGUAUAGGGUAAAUAUACUGAUGUGAAGUAAUCUUUCUUAGAAGGAUUACUACCUCCGUUCUUAAAUAUAUGACAGCGUUGAUUUUUUCCUCAAACUUUGACCAACAAUAUCUAAUUAAUGAACUAGUUAAAUGAAGUAAAAUAAGUACCACUAUGUCUAUCAUGAAAAGUACUUUAGAUUUAACUUGUAGAUUUAUCUAGUCUAUGGUGUCAUAUUUUUAAGAACGAAGGUAGUACCCAGUAAAUGACAGUUUGGUGAUGAUUAGCACAGAAUGAGAGAGCGUUGUUUUACUCUCAACUGAAUGUCUCCGGUAUGUGAUUUUCAUAUGUAAGUUCAGAAAUUGAGUGUGCUAAAUCUUUUCAAUACCUGUAAGGAGUUAGGAAAAGCCUCCAUCUUCAUGAUUAUCUAAGUCUGCAGGCUGGUCGCAAUGAAAUCUUAAACUGCUGUUCUGUUGUGAUUUUGUAGUAAUUCAGUGUACUUUAGCUUAACUGACCUCAUGAUUAACCCAUGUUUAAUUAAGAAGAAGCUGCAAUCUAUGACUCUUUGGUAGACUGGUAGCAGAAAAAGUUUAAACUGUUGGUUUGUUGUGAUUUUAUAUUAACAAUGGGCAUUUUACAAACCAUAGGUUUGCCGAUGCUUGAUUAAUUUACAACUGUUGCUUCUUUUCUGAUCUGAUUGCCAUGCCUGGGACUACUUCACUUGUAGUAGUUUAUACCUAUAUUUUCUUUUAGUAAUCCAUCAUGAGAAAAUUUGGCAGUAGAGGCUGUAUUAGGUCUGAACUUACACUUUGCAGUCUAAUGUACUAAAGUGUAGUAACAAUGCAGUCUAGUAUCAUGUUUUGAUGUACAGCUGCAGAAAGUCAUGUUGCUGUUCAAUAACCAAUGCUGUCAGCUAAUUUUGUGAUCUUCUUGGAUCAUGUUUGUUUAGAAAAUAGUCCUGAUGUCAUGAAACAGAUUAACUCUUUCUGUUUGGGGAGUAAUAAACUAAUCUUGACUCUUGAUAAAGCCUAAGAUCUCUUAAAUGUUUUCUUCACGAUUGUUGUACACCAGCAUGUAUCUUAUCAAAAGAGAUACAUGCUACAAGAAUCCGCAUCUAUUCAAGUCACUCUCCAAAAUGUGGAUAGCUUGUGCACACCGUGGCAAUCAAAUCGCCUGCGCAUGCAAGAUGCCAACAUUUGCUAUCCAGAAAUUGGAAUAUCUAGAGCUUCACUUAUGUUUGGUGGAUGAAUAGUAACAGCUUCCUCAACUAUAUAAAGCAUACAGUGCGCUCAACUUUCUAUAUCCGUAGCUCCCACCAGUUAUUGUAUUGUAACUUGUGAAGUGUGUUCCUAUCUGUAUCACCUAUUCACCUUCGCCUUGCCACCUUUUCCCUAGUUCAUUCAUACAAAUGGAUUAUUCUAGUUUGCGACGUCAAGCUGCAUCCAUGAAAAAGAGUCUCUUUGAUCAGGGGUACCUAGAUGAGCAAUUUUGUCAGGUGGAAGACUUGCAGGAUGAAACUAGUCCGAAUUUUGCAGAAGAGGUCGUUACUUUGUUUUUCAAGGACUCUGCCAGGCUAAUAUCCAACAUCGAGCAAGCUCUGGAAAAAUACCCCAAAGAUUUCAACAAGUGGGAUGCAUACAUGCAGCAACUAAAAGGCAGCUGCUCCAGCAUUGGUGCUUCAAGGAUGAAGAGUGAGUGCAUGUCAUUCAGGGAUUACUGUGCUCAAGGAAAUGCUGAAGGUUGUAUGAAAUCGUUCCAGAAAGUGAAGAGGGAGCAUGGUGUCCUGAGGCAGAAACUAGAAGCUUAUUUCCAGCUGCUACGACAAGUUGGUCCUUCUGGAGCUGCCACCAGGCCUGCUAUGUAAGAGCGUGGCCCUGGCAUGCUGCAAGUUGCAGUAAAAUGGAGCAUGGCGCAAGAAGAUUGCCUGGGCAUGCAUAGGUUUCCAGCAGCCACAACUAGCUGGCCCUGCUGCUCAGCGACUAGGGGCCAGCGUAUAUGAAAUGAAACCAAACAAGAAGAGAUGCUACGCAUGUAGUAUAACCGUAAUAAGAAGAGAUGGCAUGUCAAAAAGAAAAGGGGAAAAAACAGAGGGAAGGGGAGAAAGAGAUGAGAAAUCUGUGUAAGUAGAUACAUGAAAGAUGAUACAAUUGUCUCCAUGUAAAAUAUAACGAUGGAAUAAGAGUAUAAGACUACAAAGAGUACUAAAUCUCAACGAAA